UGUGUUGCAGCCUACAAUUACAAAGCAAGACCGCGCGACUUAAACUGUGGUUGCCAGAGCAGACCUACGUGCUUUUUCAUUGUUUACGUCAAAUCCUCAGCAGCGGAAAGAGCUGGGAGACGUUAAGACCUGGGUUCCAUUUAAAAAGGUUCGCCCUCGUCUCAUCACCUUUCAGUUUUAUUUGUUCAUCUUUGGAGUACAUCUGUUCAUCGGUUUGGUGACAGACAGAAACGUUACAGCAGGUGCUUGGAGUGUGUUGGCAGGUGAGAGGGUCAGAAGUUUGAGGUUUCAUAGCGACUCCCUUUUUCCUGCAGAGGGACUGUCUGGCCGUCUGUGAGCGGAGUCCGCUGUUCCUAGCAGCCCUCCAGAGGUGCGAUCAGGAUGUCGAGCGAUCCCCCUCCUCCCUACCCCGGCGGGGCCACUGCACCCCCGAUGGAAGAGAAAAACGGCCAGCCGCCUGUCUCUGGUGCCGUCCCGGUGAUGACGGUGCCCCUGCAGGGACACCCCGUGCCCCCGGAGUACGCCCCCCCGCCCUAUGAGAGCACCAUGCAUCCGGGAUACGUGCCUCCGCACGUGCCCGGGGAGGGACCCAUGCCCAUGCCCAUGCCCAUGCCCCACCCCCACGCGGGGUAUUAUCCAGUACCACCAGGGCAGUUUGCCCAGCCCAUCCCGGGGCAGUACGGGCCGGGACCCAGUCACUACCCCUCCCCGGGGGGUCACACGGCGACGGUGCUGGCCCCCUCAGGCACGGCUACCACGGUGACGGUCCUGCAGGGGGAGAUGUUCCAGUCGGCGCCGGUGCAGACGGUGUGUCCGCACUGCCAGCAGGCCAUCGUCACCCGCAUCUCCCACGACGUGGGGCUCAUGAGCACCCUGUUCUGCCUCUUCUGCUGCUUCGUGGGAUGUGACCUGGGCUGCUGUUUGAUCCCCUGCUUUAUUGAUGACCUGAAGGACGUGACACACACCUGCCCCAACUGCAAGGGCUAUAUUUACACAUACAAACGCAUGUGCUAACAGUACACACUCACGCACGCGCUCUCUCGCGCUCACACAUUUGAAAAAUGCAAAAACUCUGUCCUCACAGCGCCUCCGAGUGGCAGGUCUGAGUAUUUCUCUCAGUAGUGGGUUCCCUUUUUUUCCGUCCAGCGUGCUGUCGUGUUUUUAUUUUAGCUUUCUAACAAUAGCUGCCAUUUUAUAAUUUUAUUGUAACAUCUGUCCACCGUGUAAAUACUGAAUCACAAACCAGCGUACAGCGCAGGUCAUGCGCUCUGUUACCGUGGGGACAGUUAUCAAGAGAAUAUAUAUUCGCCAAAUUAAGCUGAGGAAGAAAUGAAAGGAAAAAAACAAACAAGGGAUUUGAGUGCAGAACACGUGAGGGGAUCAUCUUUCUGUUGCAUUUUUUUAAACGACGGAUAGGUUUUAGACCCUGUCGCUGGGUUGGCAGCCUGUACAGACCAACACCCUUCAGUUUGUGGGAGGAGAUUUUUAGUUGAAAGAAAUGAGCAGGGCAGGGACAAACUGUUGGGAAAAAGUCAUUUACUGUAAUCAACAUUAAUCUGUGAAACUUGUUAUGUAGCAAUAUCAAACAAUGAAGUCAGCAAAGGCAAGGUCAGUAUAAUGUUUUUAUUUUUUAAUUUACUUAUUUUAGUUGUUUAGUUUUAUUAUAUGUAUCAUUUUAACAUAAUAUUUAUAUAUUGAGGCCAAGGCCUGCUUUGACUGAGUCUGAAUUAAUUGUUUUUCUUCUCAAUUACUGUUUUAAUGGACAGAGUACUUUUAUCUGCACUGACGGUGUAUGUGCUUGGAUUACUGUGUUUCCCUUUAAAACGUGUAAUGUGCAGUAAAAUAACAGAGUAGGUUCUAGUUGAUGCACUCAAUGUGUACAAGAGGUGUGAUAGAGAUCUGUCUAUCUUGAUACACUCAUCUUUAUCUUUAGUCUGUGUAGUAGACUUUCAGGCAUUCGAACGACUGGCAAGAUGGCACUGUUUUUCUCCAGGGCUGUUUGAUGAUGCUAUGUUUGGUAGACAUAUUUACAGUUUAACUGCUUUAUUAUUGAUGCAGCAACAUUUUCAUAUUGACUGUUAAGCGAAUGUCUAGCCUCGCUGUUUGUAAGAGGCCAUGGUAAUUAUUGUAUUUAUUCAGUACCAUGCUAUGGGGGAAAAUUGUCAUAUCAACAUUAGUCAUGUUAUAAGUGUAUUUUUCCCGUCAGAAAAGAUGGCCACUUGUUCAGAGAGAGGAUCCAGAUCCAAAUCUGAUCCAGGAACCAGGGGAGACACAUGGUGUUCUACCCUUGUGUGACAUCAUAAUGCCAGUGUGCCACGCCCUGCCCAUAUGCCAAGCCUGUGGCCCCUGGCCAGACCCUGUCUCUCGAUGCUCUCUUCAGCCCCCUCUCGUGCCCAGGGGCCCCUGUCCUGGACGUACCGUCCGGUAAUUGUAAUACGGGAAGACAAAUCCUCAACCAACUGCAGGAUAUUUAACAAGAAAACAUUAAAGAGUACCUCACGGGCAGACUUACUGCUAAUUAACCUGGGGUUGGGAGAGGUUGUGGGAGAGCAGUUGCACUCUGAUCAUUCUUUGAGUGCUGCUUCUCUUAUUUUUCUGCCACUGUAUAUACAUUUUGCUUAUUAUACAGCAGCUUAUCUUUUACGGUGUCCUCAUUUUGUUUUCCGUCAGUCAGUCUAUGGUUGAACAUCCAUUUAAAGUACCGUAGAAAUAUAAAAUUCUGCUGUUUGUUUCAAAUGGUUGAUGGGAACACUGAAGAUGAUUCCUGUGAAUGGCUGCCUGUUGAACUGAGCUGUAAUUGUUAAUAUGUUAAUAUCUCAGUACAGAAAGGGGAUGGCCUUUAUUUAGGGGUCUAAAAUAGGGGUCUCAACUCUAGCCCUGGCUGCCGUGUCCACAGUUUUUUGUGGUUUUCUUUUUGACUGCAGCUUUGGAAACAAGGUUUUGGGUUUGAGAUCCCAGCUCUAAAAGGAUGUGCUUGUUCUUAUUUUAAUGUUACGAUGCUUCUCACUACAGCAUGAGAUGCUCAGUAUGAUAGUAAUACAGCCUAAUCCUAUGCCAUUGGUUUAAAAUGCAAGACAUUUGAUUGGCCAGUUGCCAGUGGCCUUUGCUCAGCCAUUCCAUUGGCUCGUUUGCAUUGAAAACCUAGUCCCCAUUGCCCUCAUGUAGAACGACGUUGCCUGUGCUUGUGUGCGCUUUAAAUGAAGCACAUUAGGAAUACCGUCUUUAUCCGUAAGAAACCCGCGUUACCUUGUCCGCACCCUCUCCCCGCUUAACCACAGUGGCCGCCACUCACCGUGUUCAAUGCGUGUAGCCUUGCGUGUUACGGCCUCGAAUGUCACUGGUACUGCGAAUGAUUUCUGCUCACUGUCUGGUAUCUAACCAUCACACUAAUAUAACGCAGGCCUAUGCUAGGUUCACGUAACUCAGCCUGAUUACCUUGAUCGCUUAACCUUAUGGUUUAGGACACUUCUCAGUAUGUACUUAUGUCAUGUCUCCUGAAUAAUCCUUUAUGACUUUUUUACAUUUGAUAAAUCUGAUCAUAUUUUCAUAAUCGUGCUGUAAGGUGGUGGCUUCUCCUGUCAAUGCUGUUUGAGAACUGAUAACUAUAGCCAGCAUGGUCUUGCCAGAAAAUUCAGAAGGAAGUAUUAUAUCCAGAGGGCAUCGUCUUUUCUUUUUUUUUGGCAGUGCAUGGUCAAGCUUCUAUGAAUAUGUGCAAAAAUCUUGGCUGGUCCCCAUUGUCUUUUGGCAACAUUUAGACUGGUCCACAUGCAACAUUAAGCGACAUAAGAAGAAUGGUGUAAAUUUGAGCUUUUUUAAUGGAAACGCGUUCGCCUUUUCUGCGAUAGGUGGUGAUCUCGUUCAGAGGGUGUUGCUGUGCUAAAUAUGUUUAUGCAAAAAAAGAAAAGUGUUUCUGUAAACUGAACGAUGUGUGUUGGACCAUAACUGUUGCAUUAUAGUCCAAAAUGAUUCUUUUAACAAUAAAAAAAACCAAACCGAAA